UUAAUAAACCAAGUUCUCACAGAAGGCAAAAUAUGUAAUGGAGAUUGCUGAGUGAAUCAAGGUAAGUAAUAGUAAAAAUACAAAUGUAGAGAAAAGUGAGAGAUUAUAGCUAUUGAGACUUACCUAAAUGACUUGUAAGCAUAGGAUGUGUAAAGUAUAAUAAGCCCUGACUGAAUAGUGUGUUUUUCAGAAAGAAGAAGACAUGCUUCUGUGAAGAAGGAAUAUAUACAAGUUAGUCAAACUUGUGGUAUUUACAUCCUAAUAAAUGAAAACUUUAUCUUCAUAUUUUUCAGACUGGCAUUCUACUAGUUUGAACUUCAAAGAAAAGACUUGUCAAAGAUCUGAACAUUUGAAAGGUGAUGAUAAAUGUCCAUCUGAAUCACCGUCAAUGACCGAAAAGAAGUUGGCAUCCACAGAACUGAGACAGACAAACUUAAUAGAUGAAGAAAAGUUGAAUACUGGAGUUGUAGUUAUAUUUGAGAAUGACACGGUCCACAACCUGUGUGAAUCAAAGUUAUCAGAAGGCAAAGGGAUCAAAGAAGCAGAACAAGUCUUAGCAGUGAUAUCAGAGGAAGAGCAAGAAAGCCUUGAAGAAAGUGAAAACAACCAGCUACAAAUUUCUCAUUGGCAUAAGAAAGAAAAAGAUCUGUUGCAUGAAAAUUGCAUGUUGCAGGAAGAAAUUACCGGACUAAGACUGGAAAUAGACACAAAGGAAAAUAGGAACCAGCAAAAGGAAAAUAAAUAUCUUGAGGACAUUGAAAUUAUGAAAGCAAAGAAUGAUUUCCUUCAAAAUGCUUUGACACUGAAAGAGGAAACAUUAACAACAACGAUAUGUCAGUACAGUGUACAGCUUGAAGUUUUGACAGCUGAGAAUAAAAUGCUCACUUCUAAAUUGGAGGAUAAAAAUCAAAACCAGGAGAGAUUGGAAACAGAAAUUGAAUCAUAUCGUUGUAGACUGGCCGCUGCUAUACAGGAUUGUGAUCAACAUAAGGCAUCAAAAAGAGAUGCAGAACUCGGUUUCAAGACAGCAAGACAAGAGUGGUUUCAUUUGAAGGAAAAAAUGAAUUUUGAUAUGAGUAACCUAAAUGAUGAGAACAAGAUGCUUUCUGAAAAACUUUCUAAUGCUGAAAAUAAAAUCAGAAGCCUCAAAAUGAAGUACCACCACAUAAAAGAUGCUCUAAGAGAGAAGACAUUGGUUUUAGAAGGUAUCCAAAACAAAGAAGGCAAAGUGAAUAAACACAUUCAAAAGCAAGACUCUCUAGAGGAGAGAUUAUCUCAAAUACAAAAUGAAAAUUUGUUACUUCGACAGCAACUGGAUGAGGCUGACAAGAAAGCUGACAAUCAAGAACAGACAAUAAUUAAUAUCCAAGAGCAAUUUAUUGCUAUUGUCAAAAUUCAAGCUGAGAGUAAAAAGCAAAGUCUUCUACUAGAGCAGAAAAACAAUGAAUUAGUCAAUAAAUGCAAUUACUUAAAAGAAAGAUUGUGCAAAUAUGAAAAAGAGAAAGCAGAAAGAAAUGAAACUGUGAGACAACUUCAAAAACUGGCUGGUAUUGAAAAAAAAAAACCUAUGUCAGAGUCUUCACUAGAGGCUUCACUGUGUUAUCAUGUUAAUUUAGAUGAAACACAGGACUCAAAGAGGAAAUCAGGUCAAAUCAGAAGUCAAAAAUAUGAAACACUGAAGAAGGAUGAGAAGUUGGAAGAAGAACUAGUAAACCUUGAAAGUUACAUGGAAAUGAAUAUGUUAGAACAUAGUCCAUUGAAACGCUGUAAACAGGAGGAUGAAGAAAGAGCAAGUCAGAAGAUAGCAGAACAAUUAGAAAAAAUCAAUCAAUUUAUACAGACACAGAAAAUAUCUCAAGAAAAGUUACAGAGGUUAAGAGAGGAAAACAGUGCUUCCAUGAAAAAUCAGAUGGAACUUGUAAUUAAAGCUCUGAAACUUGAAAUCUAUAAGGCAAAAACUUCACAAGCAGACUACAGUACAACAGAAUUGGAAAAAUAUAAGAAACUGUAUCUAGAACAAUUAAAACUGAGAGAAUCUAUAUCAGAUGAACAAGGAAAACGUGAAAAAAUUCUAGCAGAUGUCAGUACCAGACUUCAAGAAAAAGAGCAGAGCAAAUCUUUAUUUACUUCUCAUACUGCAAGGCCAGCCCUGGAGUUAGCAUGCAAUGGAAAUCUUAAUGAAAAUUUAGGUCUGAACAGAAUACAUGUUCCAAGAGAAACCUUAAGGAUUUCUACCUCAAGCUUACUGUCCUCAGAUAACAGAAUGGAGAACGACUUGCCAAAGGUUAGCUUUUAA